CCCAUCCUUCUUACAUCCUCCUUUCCACCAGGUCUAACUUGGUCCUGCUAGAGCAUGAGAUCACCCUCGAUGGGACGAUAGUCAGUGCAGCCUUUGAUGACUCUCUGGAAAUGGGAAUUGUGGGCACCACGGCAGGAACCCUGUGGUACAUCAAUUGGACGGAGAGCACGAGCAUCCGACUGAUCAGCGGCCACAAAAACAAGGUGACUGAAGUGUGCUUCAGUCCUGAUGAGACUCACUGCGCAACAUGUGGGGAGGAUGGCAGCGUGAGGAUCUGGUCUCUGAGCAGCAUGGAGCUGGUGGUGCAGUUCCAAGUGCUCAACCAGAGCUGCCAGUGCCUGGCCUGGAAGCCUCAUCCCGUCGUUGCAUGGGGAGCUGAGAGCCAGCAUGUAGUGGCAGGGUACAGUGAUGGCACCAUCCGUGUGUUCAGCAUUUCCAGGACAGAGAUGGAGCUGAAAAUGCACCCCCAUGCUGCUGCACUGACUGCGAUUGCCUACUCCACAGACGGAGAAAUGAUCUUAUCGGGGGGCAAGGACGGGCUCGUGGCCGUCAGCAGCCCUUGCACUGGAAUGACCAUCCGCAUCCUUGCUGACCACAGAGGCUCCCCCAUCACUGUUCUGCAGUGCACCACAAAGCAGUACCGGGACUUUGGGGUGGAAGGAGGGGAGCUCUGGCUGGCCACCAGCUUGGACCGGCGGGUCAGCAUCUGGGCCUCUGACUGGCUGAAGGACAAGUGUGAGCUCCUCGACUGGCUCAGCUUCCCGGCUCCUGCCAGCCCCGAGGGUCUCGACACUCUUCCACCCAGCCUUGCGGUGUUCUGCCCGUGGGAACACGGCACCCUGGUCUACGUCGGCUUUGGGUUGCAGAAGGAAGCCUUGUUUUACAGUCUGCAGAAGAAACAGGUAGUCAUGAGGAUCCCCUUGCCAUACUUUGCCGUGUCACUCAGCCUGUCUCCUGCAGCGCGCAUCAUGGCUGUCGGCUUCGGGG